AUUUUCUUCCUUCCUCUCCCCGGUUGCUCUCGCCUGAUCCUUGGUCACCCCACUCCCGGACUUCCCACUCGCCUGAUCCUCGGCCAUGCCGCUUGGGUCUUUGCCGCUCGCCUAAUCCUCAUUACUCCUCGCCCACUCCUCAUGGGCUUCAGUCCGCCGUUCACCGUUCACCAUCGGCUCUUCUUUGCUCGAUUCAUCGUCCACAAUCUUUAAGUCGUCCACGAGCUUCAAGUCCGUUGUCUCGUCUACAAGCUUCACUCACUUUCAAUCGAGGUCAAUGUCAUUCAUAUCGGCUCAGUCCCUUAAAGGGAAAAGCUAUUUUAGCUUGUUGAAACAACACGUCGCCUAUGGACAUGUCGCGGAACAUCACACCAAUGGCACUGAGGCUCUCUUCCCAUACCAGAAUGUCUGUUCCGAUCACAGUCAAAAAGCCAGCUCCUCUCGCCGGAAUUAUCUUGUUGCAAUGUUGUUUUCUCUGGUGGAGUAAUUUUCCAGCUUUGGAAGAAUGCUGGUGGAUCAGCAAUCUGGGCUUUGCCGUGAUUGUAGUUGGGGAAUCAUUAGGAAGUUGGCAAUUAGAACUGAUGGCGAGGCGUUCACCCAUUUGAUCAAAAUUCAUCAUGAGGAUCAUCACAAGCUUAUAGCUAAUGGAAUCUAUUGGUUCAUCCGUCAUCCUGGAUAUUGAGCAUUCUUCAUUUGGUCGAUCGGGACUCAGAUAAUACCAUGCAAUCCCGUAUUGAUGUUUGCGUUCGCAACACAAGUUUGGCACUUCUUUGCAGCACGGUCACCUUAUGAAGAGCUUUUGCUGAGACAAUUCUUCGAGCAAGAUUAUGAGGAAUAUGAGCCAACUGUCCUUUGGGGGUUCCAUUUGUGAAGUGAGUUCCGCAUCUUAAGGUCUCAGGAAAGAGUGCAGCAUCCUAGAUUCAUUUCAUAUUGUCUGUUGGAGGCCUCAAUGCAGCUACUUGGAUUGGAUUUAACAAUGUUAAUGCAUCUAUUUGUUAGAUGAAACUCUGUGAGCCCUCCGUCUACAAAUUGGACUAUUUAAGUUGUAUAGCACAAUUUUACAAAUUGAGAAACCAUCUUCGCUCAGCAUGUUUCUUUUGAAAAUUUUUGUGCAGAUUUAACUUUCUGCAUGAAGGCUUGUCAUUCUUGUCCCUAGUUCUCUCCUUUGUUAUUUUUGUGCUGCAUUCACAACAUACUUUAUAUUGAUUUAUCAGGAUGGCAAGCUGAUGGAAUGGUUGAGUGGUACAUGUUCUAAUUUCCCAAAUAAAAUCUUUUGUUGCUGUUCAGUGAUGUCUGUUAACUCUAUGAUAUUUGCGUGGUUGUUAUUUUUUGUUUUCUCUUGGUUUUCUUGCUUAUUCGGAGCAAGUAAAACUAUGUGGCAAGUUUAUCAUAUUUGAUCUGCUAAUCACUAAAUGAAGUUCCAUAAUUUGCUUUAGUGGCGUUAUUCCAAGUUUCAAGCGAUUUUCGUCACUUCUUUGAAAGCUCAAUGGGAUGCCAAUCUACACUCAUUGGUCGGUACACUAUGCUGUAUAUUAAUGACAUAGCUCCGGAUGAACAACUAACCAGUAGACAAGUGCUGGCAACUUUGUAAAUUUUACUCUGAGCUGUUUGAUCAUUUCCUGUCCUGAACCAGCAAAUACUCCAUUGUUCACUCAAUUCAAAUCAAUUUUGCCUCAAGAAAGGGCGAGAUCUAAAAUCUGGUUUCUGUAUGAGAAACACUGGAACCGGAUGUCAAGAUUGUGAGCCUGCAAUAAUUUCUCCUGGUAGACCUGAUAUACUACUGCCAAUUCCUGAGAAUGGAAAGCCCAAAGGCUUGUGGUUUACUUUGAAAGAAGGCAGCCGUUAUAGGCUAAAGUUCACCUUCCAGGUCAGCGACAACAUCGUGUCGGGUCUCAAAUACAGCAACACAGUAUGGAAAACUGGUGUUAAAGUGGACAGCUCAAAGGAGAUCAUCGGAACUUUCAGUCCACAGCAGGAACCCUACACGCAUGAAAUGCCUGAAGAGACGACACCAUCUGGCAUAUCUGCUAGAGGAUCGUAUUCAGCCAGAAGUAAGGGAAUUUAAAUGUAUAUAGGUAAAUGGAGCUUGAAGAAUUGUGCAACAAGUAGUCAACUUGGUUUGUUUACAUAUCUAGUCAUCAAAAGGAGGCAUGACAUUGGCCUUCAACAUUUAAAACCUGCGUUUUCUGAAUCACUGGUUGACAACAGCCUUGCAUUCCGGACAACCACAAGAAUAGAAGGCUACUACGGAGCUGGGAUCUACAUCCAUCUAUCUUUGAUUAAUGGAGGUUCUUUCUAGUGUUUGUUUGUUAGUUUUUUCUUUCUUGUCUUGUUCUUUUGGUAGUUCUUUCUUUCCUUGGGAUCCCAUGGCACCCUUACACUCUCUUUGACGACUGUCUUCCUGAGUGUUUGUCUCCUGUUUGGUGCCGGUUAUCCUUCCUUGUAUUAUUUUGGCAAAAUGAAUACAAUUCGUACUUUUACCAAAAAAAAAAAAAAAA